AUGCCUUCUGAUCUUCCACAAACACCACAAAGUCCUUCCAACACCCCAGGCUCUUCCGAUAUAUCCUCCAAAAGCAUAGUUUCUCCACGAAUCCAUACUUCACUUCCGACACCUGCUCACAGCACCAACGGCAGGAUGUCGACUAACAAUUCUGCCGCCGACGCGUUUCAAUCAGAAGAUCUUUCAAAUAAACGCAAACGAGAUAUUGAAGAUUCUGGUGAUCGAGACCUGAAGAAAGUUCAUGUCGAGGACCGCAGACCUAGUAUCGAUGACCUCCAUCAAAAAGUUGGUAAACAAUACUUUGUCUGUAGAAAUUAUCAAAAGUCACAGCAGAUGAGUAUUCAACAGAAUCUAUUCGAACGGUUUGGCUUGAACGAGAUUGCUGCAGGUGUUGCUCGGGUCACUCCAGAUGGAAAGAAGAACAUAAUUCGAAAAACUUACAAAGGAUACAUAAAAUCCCUGGCUAUUGCCGGGCAAUUUGACGCUGUUAAGGGUGAUCAUCAAGAACCUGGAUCACUAUUUUCUUUGGUCAAUCCUGCUCUUGUCCCAACCAGAGAGAUAUGGGAGGAAACUCAAGUGGAAGGAAAAGAAAUUGAUAAAGGCAUCCCGGACGAACUACGACCCGCUCUUAGCAAAGCUACAAUCAUGGCUUAUGGUCCCAUUCCAAGAGAACAUUGGAAUUCAUCGGUUCUUGGGGACAUGGCUAAUCGACUUGCCACUGAAUCUUUGAAGGUUGUUGCUCCCAAAAAGGCUGUUGCUCCCAAAGCAAAGGCCCCAAUGUCGCAAGGCACGACGGGUGUACCAAAGCAGAACAGAGGUGCCGCAGAUAUCCCUCGUCCAAAGAGAACCGUUAAGAAGCGCUCUUAUGGCGAUGCAAGUUAUGAAGGUUAUGGCGAGGGUUACGUUGAUGACGAUACUGGAUACUCAACCGGCGAGAACGCUGAUGACAGAGCCGGUGGUCGAAAGCGACCUAAGAAGGUAGGUAGUGUGCUAUAUCCAUCCAAUGUGCAAGCUAACAAGGGAAAGACUCCAACAUCUCAUGGCUUUCAAGGACCAAUGCGUCAAAGCUACGGACCUGGAAUGGUCGGUGCUUGA